AUGCCUUUCCGUCGCAGCAAACGUCCCCUGGGGCAUCCUGCUCGCACUGUGCCCCCCUUCCCUCCUGGCCCGGCCCAGGCCAAUGCCAGCGCUGAGGGUGGUGGAAGCGACUCCAGCUGGCGCCAGCACAACAUCGAAAUCCCGCCCCAUCCAGCGCCCUCAGAAGAAUCCUGGUACGACGGUGUUCCACCCACGCCGCCUCCAGGCCGCCCCUGUCAGCACACCUUCGACCUCCCUUGA